CGGCAGUUGUUGCCUUCUUGUUUGAGUGUUAUUCCCUGGAGUGGGGAGAGCGACUGCUGAUAGGGCAGAGAACAAGGGAGAGGGGCCUCUGCAUCUUUUCAGUGCUAUUGGCUGGUUUUGUUUUCUGGCAUCUACGAGACUUGAGCUUUGGAGACUAGCCAUCGAACAUCCUGUUUUCACUGAAUUUGUCUGUUCUUCCCAGUCUCUUCUCCUUUCUUCUGGUUGCAGAGUUGCUGCAAUAGCACCAAGAUAAACAAGAGCCUAUGAGGACUUGCACCUCCCUCACAGAUGGAAGGCUCCAAGGAAAAAAUCAUCCUGAAUAUUGGGGGAGUCAGAUAUGAGACAUACAGCAGCACCCUCCGGACCUUCCCAGGGACCAAGCUGUACAGCCUAACAGAGCCCCAUGCCCCAAGCAUCUAUGACUAUGAUCCUACCACCAAGGAGUUCUUUUUUGAUAGGAGUGCUGAGAUCUUCUGCUAUGUGUUGAACUAUUAUAGGACCAAACAUUUCCACUGCCCCAUUGAUACCUGUAGGUCAGUCUUAGAAGAAGAGCUGGCUUUCUGGGAAAUAAAUGAGACACAGCUAUCAUCCUGCUGCUGGCUGAAGCUGAAUAACAAAGAGGUGCAGCCAGAGGAGUUUAACAUUUGGGAUGAAAAUGAACAGACUGAUGAGCAAUGCCUCUUAGUCCAGACAGAAAGAAGGGAUUUCAGCUGGCGAACCAGGUGGCAGCCAAAGAUUUGGUCUACAUUUGAAAAGCCGUUUUCCUCUUUUGGUGCUAAGUGUUUGGCUUUUGUUUCUCUGCUGUUCAACGUUGGAAUUGUCAUCAUAUUCUGUGAGGAGACCAAGGCACAAUUUGAGUUCUUUACUGCUAACUUCACCUCUGUUGGCUAUUCUGAGGACUCCCACAACGACCAUGAACCCUAUUACCACCAGGCUGCCUACUUGCUUCAUCUGGAACUUUUGUGUGUCCUCUGGUUUACUUUUGAGUUCUCUGUGCGAUUUUGUUUCUGCCCAGACAAGAAAUUGUUCUUCCAAAAUCCCCUAAACGUGGUUGACUUCCUCUCCCUCUUCCCAGUUUAUAUUGAACUCUUUGUGGCUGGGCAGAUUCAGAGAAUGCCAAGCCUGGGACUUUGGUUGGGCUUUGUUCGCAUUGUCUAUCUCCUCAAACUCCUGAAGAUAUCCAAGCUGAUAGAAACACCACUGAUCCUCAGGGUUCUGUGCUACACCCUCAAGUCUAUCCUUAGAGAGAUUUGCAUCCUGUUGAUGAUUUUGGCCUUUGAGACCCUCUUCUUUGGCUCCCUCUUUUUCUAUGGGGAGUUGUUGUGUAGCCAUCCCUCCUACAGAGGUGAUCUACACCUCGCUGACAUUCUUGUUUGCUUCUGGUGGGCUUUGAUCACACUCACUACAGUGGGCUACGGAGAUAUUAUCCCUCUCACCACAUUUGGCCAAGUGACAGCAGCCUUAGCUGCAGUAUUUGGCAUGUUAACUAUUAUCAUCCCAAUACCCAUUUUUCUGGUGAAAUUUAAAAGCUAUUACAACAUUGCUAUCUUUAAACAGAAGCUCAAAAGGAACAAGAAACACUAAUGCUUCAGAACUUCUGUUCCCAUUUGCCUUUAGCAAUAGACCUUCAGCAUGUUCUUUUCUCUUUGGUGGAAAGGGAGUGCAAAUAGUUCUUACUGCAUUUACUUGCUGCCUUAGCAUAUCGGUGAGGCCUCAGGUUGCAGUACUUGAUAUACAACUGAUCAGACCUGUCAAAUCCCAUGAGUAUAUCCCAUACUAUACUUCAUUCCAUGCUCUUUUACAUGUCACAGUUUCUCCCUCUCUCAUCUAGCUGUUGGGAGACAGGCUGUGAUGCUGCAUUGUAGCCUGAAUAUGCACCACAUAGCUGAGUUCCAUGACCUGGGGUCCCUGCAUAUUCCCUCAGCUGUCAUGCAACCCAUGAUGCUAGCUAUGCCUUCCAUUGCCUGACAGACCAUUAUCUCAUUUUGCAUGCUGGCAAAUAAGGUUUGUGCACAGUCCUGCUCUGAAAGCAAGGAGGAAGCAUGUUUUGGGUUUUUUUUUAAAACAAUGUUGUUUCCUCAUUUUACCCAAACAAGCCAGUACAUCUGAUUUGCCUGCAUUCACAUGCAGAUGUAAAGAAGGCAUCAGGCUGAACUGAAUAUCUGUGGUCCUGAGAACCAGCACCAUUCGGUAACCUGCUUUGUGGGCUCACAGGAAUUCACAGAAUUAUAGAAUCAUAGAAUGGUUUGGGUUGGAAGAGACCUUAAAGACUAUCUAGUUCCACCCCCUGCCAUGGACAGGGACACCUCCCACUAGAGCAGCCCCAUCCAACCUGGCCUUGAACCCUUCCAGGGAGGGGGCAGCCACAGCUUCUCUGGGGAACCUGUGCCUGUGUCUCGUCUCACCACCCUCACAGGGAAGAAUUCCUUCCUAAUAUCUAAUCUGAAUCUACCCUCUUUGCUGUGGCAUUUAGGUAGCAGCAAGGGAGCCCUCUGACAGCAAGUCCUUUUUGGCUCUGCUGAAGUCUAUGGCAACCUUUCCUUGACUUCAGUGAGAUCAAAAUUUUAUUGGAUACUUUCAGCUGAUCAACACAUUUCAACAGUUCUUCAUUUUUCUGUAACAAAGUUACCGAGCUAUUAGCCAAAAUAUCUAUAUGGGUUUUGCUGUUCAAAAGGAAGAACAUAAACUACAGUAUUCAAUAGCAUUUUAAUGUCAUUUACUUUCUUAAGACAUAGAUGUAAACUAUGAAUAUUUGUCUUUUAACUGGAUAGUCUUAAUUGUUACAUAUGUUUAAUUUUGAAGUAACAAAUACUGCUGAGGUAUGAAAAAACACGUCCAAUUGUUUAUAUAGCAGGAUGAUGUGCUAAGAUUAUUUUGUUUAGUAAGUAAAAAUUUCUGUAUACAAUAA